CUUGUCGCAGCUGUAUAUACGUCAUCGGACGACGCCGGAAGUGGUGUGAUUUUUGCUCCUCAGUCCGCUGGUUUCCUCGGAAAGCACACAGCGAUCAUGGCGGAUGUUCUUGAUCUACACGAGGCCGGCGGGGAAGACUUCGCCAUGGAUGAGGACGGGGACGAAAGUAUUCACAAGCUGAAGGAGAAGGCCAAGAAGAGGAAAGGCCGAGGAUUUGGAGCAGAGGAGGGGUCCCGGGCCCGCAUCCGAGAGGACUAUGAUAGCGUGGAGCAGGACGGGGACGAGCCCGGCCCUCAGAGAUCUGUGGAGGGCUGGAUCCUGUUUGUCACCGGAGUCCACGAGGAGGCCACGGAAGAGGACAUCCACGACAAGUUCGCUGAAUUCGGAGAGAUCAAAAACCUUCACUUAAAUCUGGACCGCAGGACGGGCUAUCUGAAGGGUUACGCCUUGGUGGAGUACGAGACCUACAAGGAGGCUCUGGCUGCUAUGGAAGGAUUGAACGGUCAGGAUCUUAUGGGGCAGCCGGUCAGCGUGGAUUGGGGAUUUGUUCGCGGACCACCAAAGGGGAAGAGACGCAGAAGCGGGAGGAGGAGGAGCCGAAGUCCGGACAGGAGACGGCGCUAA